AUGACAAGUCUUCAAAAUCUGUUUGUAGCUAAGCUUCCACGCACCGUUACCGAUGCUGAGCUUGAAAAUCUAUUUAAAUCGUACAAUCCCAAAAGUGCCAAAGUGAUGCUCGACGCAGCCACUGGUAAGAGCAAGGGCUUCGGAUUUGUUCUUUUCGACUCCGAGGAGGAGGGUGAGUUGGCCUUCCGCGAGCUCAACAAAACUCACGUCACCCUGUUCGGGCAAAGUUUUAACCUGUGCAUAUUCCCUUCCAAGCAUGAUGGCAAGGUUGCGAAGGAGGUAAGCAAUGCUCUUUAUAUUCGAAACAUCCCACUGCGGCUCUCGCAGACGGAGGUUGAGACCUUUCUGAACACGUUUGGCAACCUGACCUACUUCGCCAUGCGCGAAGACCACUACGGCAGCCCUGUGUGGGUAGUCUACGCUGAGUACGAAAGCGUCGAGGAUGCCAAGAACGCUCUCAACAAGCUCCACGGCAACAACACCUACUUCCCGGGCUCCGCCGCGCUGUUGGCAAAGUACGAGGACAGCGAAGGUGUUAAGCGCGAGCGGCGACACCGCCGGCGGGAGAGUGCGGGCGUCUACCCCAACCUGCCCAGCAGCGGGAUGAUCUUUCCCCCACGACGGGGAGGCGGAGGGGAUUCGCGCGGGGUAGCCCCGCUGGAAGCGACCCCGAACUCCGCUCUUUUUCUCAGCUUUCCCUUGGAGAGCCACGCGACCCCCCCCACGCACUACCUCGGCAACCACGAGCUGGGGGCGUCUGGAGGAGGUGGCGCGGAGGUCCGGGCGCCGCCGCCCUACUCGAGCCAGCCCCGAGGCUCCACGACCCCCGUGAGCGUGGGCCCUUCCCCCUUGCCGGGCUACCAGCCCCUCCAGGGCCUUGUGGUCCCUCCUCCGGAAUACUGCUGCGUCCUCCUCGAGGGCGGCCAGCGGGUCUACCUGUCGUCCUCGUUAGUGAACCCGAGCACGACGCCGUUUAACUUCCUGCCGUUGCAACGGCCCUCGACGCUUGGGGCAGGAGGAGGGGGGGGGGGGGCUCACCCUCCUGGGCUACGACUCCCCUGGCGCGGUUGUCCUCGCAGGGAGCCCCGAUCCGUUGGUCUCGGGCUCUGA